AUGAGCUUAUAUUCUUUAGAGCCAAUAGCAAGGUACUUAAAUGCUUCAAAAUCUAGUAUAGAUCCACCUAUAAGAUUUCAAAGAGUGCAAUCAAAUAUAAGUUUAGAGUCAAACCAAGAAAAGCCUACACUUACAGUUGAAUCACCUGUGCAGCAAAAAGCCCAGAAAACAGCUCAAGAGAGAAACAAUUUUUUUACUAACCCGACCAGUGAUUGAGAACAAAGAAGAAAACUGAUGCAGGAAGAAUAUAAGAAAGAAUUCCAGAAAAGUAUGCAAGAAUCACAAAAGAAAACAAGGAAAGGUCGGAUUCCAGAAAACGAAGAAACUUAUGUGCCUGAUACACUAAUGUUUUUGGAUUAAAUACAACUUUAGAAUUAGAAAAAGAUGGUCGUAAUUGAUUUAUUAGAAAGAAUUUUUUUAAUAUUUCUUAAUUAUAAAUUAUUUAAUAUGGUAUAAAUAAAGAGCCAAGACCAUACCCCAUACCAUACCCUAUCCAGCAAUCUUUUACCCGCAGUGAAGGGAAUAUCCCAACUCAAAAUUUUAUGAAUGGAUUUGGAUAUCGGCAACAGUCGUUUUCAAAUAAUUUUUCAAAAGAGCCUGAGCCUACAUGGCUGACUCCUGACAAAACUUUUCCAGCCCAAGACCAAUAUUCUUCAAAUUUUUAUUUUUCCCAAAAUAUUCCUCAAAAAGUGUCUUUCCAGGAGCAACCUUCAAAAAUAAAUUACCCUGUCUUCCCCAAUAACCGUCCCUCAGAAGAAUAUUUUCCAUUUGGAAAGCCUGGCGCUGGUGCUCCAAAUAGAGACGAAAACGGUAAUAUUGUGACCAAAAGACCAGGAAAUUUCAUGAAUUCUCAACCUGAGCCUCAGCACCAAAACAACCCAAGAUCCAAUGGAAAUAGCCCACAGCCUUUGCGAAAUGAAGAUUAUCAAAAUAAUAAACAAAAACAAAAGGACGAAUGAAGAAAAGAGCUGCAAGAACAAGUUCUCGAAAGACAGAGACAAAAAGAAGAGCAAAAGCAGCGAAAACUGCUUGAAGAAAAAAUUGAAGAGGCUAAAAUUAUGAGAGAACUAAAGGAGCUCGAGCAUAAAUAUAAAAAAGAAAUUAAAUUUGAAAAAGGAGAAGACACAAAUUCAGAAUUUAGUGAGCCUUUUUCUCAAGAAAUUAUUUUUUUAAAAAUUAAUUAAAAUAAUAAUAUUUAUAUAUAAUUAGAUUUAUUCUCAAGAACCACUACCACCGAAAGAAAGAGAAAUUGAAAAGCCCAAAAUGGAGUUCCAGACAAAAGAAUAUCAAGAAGUCAAACCCCAAAGGCAAACAAUUUAUGAUGUAAAGCCAAGAGAACUAGAAGUAUGACAGUCACGAAGUGAGCUAGUAGGCCAGCACAACGCGCUAACUCCCCCCCCCCCCCCGUGAGCGAACAAAAAAAUUUUGUUCGCUCACGGAGGGGGGUUAAUUUUUUUUUUUAAAAAAAAAUUAUAUAUAAAUUUUAUAAAAAAUAUUUUUUUUCGAAAUUUAAAAAAAUCCUAAUUUGCAAAAAUUGGGAAGCAAAUAUUAAUUUAAUUUGCAAAAUUUAUGUUUUAAAAACGCAAUUUGUUUAAAAUUAAACAGAAUUAGCUCUAGAUUUCAUUAUACUAAUUAUCACUUAUAUAUCAAAAUUUUUUUCCAUUAAAAUUUUUUCUAUUAAAAAAAUUUUUGUUCACUCACGGAGGGUGGGUUUUUGGUCAAAAAAUGGCGAUUUUUCUAAUGGUUUUGUUCGCUCACGGAGGGGGGGGGAGUAAGAGAAAUCAUUACAAAAAUACGCCAAGAAGCAAGCAACUCUAAUAAUGAAAGAAUUGACGCAAUAAAUGAGCUAGAAAGACUGAAAAACGAGCUCAGGCAGAAGAGGAUUGAAGACGAAUAUAAAAGCAAAAAAUCAAUGGCAUUAUCAUACCAGUCUAAUUAUUAUCACCCUACUAUAGAGCCAAGAAGCCCUUUUAGCUUAGCAGCAGCAAGGAAUAUUACUUCACGCAGCCAAUUUGUGCCAUUUCAAAAAAUAAAGCAAUCAAAAACCCCUCCACCUGUGAGGCCGCUAAAAGUAUUCACCAAUGAUUAUGCUGAAAUAGAAUCACCAGAAGCCAAAACUCAAUUGGCGAAUUUGGAUUAUUUGUUAAAAUAUAAACUUUCAGAUCCUAUUUACGAAAGCGUUGUUGAAGAAAAUUUUGAGACAAUUAAUCAAAAAAUAGUAGAAGAAGCUCCUAUUGAGAUUAUUGAAAAUACUGUUACGCUAGAAAAAGAAAUAGUCUCACCGACAGUAGUAGAAGAAAAUAAAGAGGAAAUAAAAACAGAAACUUUUAUAACUGAAUAA